AUGAGCAAAGUUGACAGCAUCCAGGUUGACCGUUUUCAGGGUCUCUUUGUGCUGGGUCUUCCCUUUGCCCUUCAGCAGAGUGGAUACAUGGGUUUGAUCCUGCUUAUAUCAGCUGCACUGAUCUGUACCUACACAGGUAAGAUCCUGGUAUCUUGUCUGUACGAAGAGGACGAGAACGGCCAUUCGGUCCGUGUAAGACGCACAUACGAGGACAUCGCUAAUGCCUGCUUCAAAAACGUCUGUCCUCACAUCGGAGGGAUAGUUGUGAACGCCGCACAGGUGCUGGAGCUGACCAUGACCUGCAUUCUUUACUUGGUUGUCGGUAGCAACCUCAUGUGUCACAGCCUUUAUUUCCUGCCUCUGACCCCGGUGACCUGCUCCACCGUCACCUUUCUGAUCCUAAUGCCCUGCAUGCUGAUCCGUGACCUGAGGGCCGUGUCACGUCUGAGCUUCUUCUGCUCGUUGGCUCAGUUCUUCAUCACCUUCAUCGUGAUCGGCUACUGUCUCUGUCAGUCAGUGCGGUGGGAAAACACGAGUCUGAGAAGAGUACCUGUGGAUUUCUAUGGGUUCCAGGUCGCAGUGGGGGUGAUUAUCUUCAGCUACACAUCUCAGAUCUAUCUGCCCACACUUGAGGAGAGCAUGAUGGACAGGCCAGAGUUCAAGAGCAUGAUGGAUUGGACUCACGCUCUUGCCUGCAUACUGAAGACAGCGUUCUCUGUACUGGCCUUCCUUACAUGGGGAGAGGAAACCAAAGAGGUGAUAACAGAUAAUCUGCCAGCUGGUUUACGUAUGAUGGUGAAUCUGUGUCUGCUGGUUAAAGCUCUUCUCUCGUACCCACUGCCAUUCUACGCCACAGCAGAGAUAUUGCAGAUCAGCGUGCUGAAGCUGGAUUCAUCUGAAGCCAGGGCUGAGCGAUGGAUGCUUAUCCUGCGAGGAUCUCUCCUCAUCCUCACCUUCAUCAUGGCGCUGUAUGUCCCUCAUUUCUCACUGCUCAUGGGCUUAACGGGUAGCGUGACCGGGGCGGCCAUGACGCUGCUGCUCCCGGCUCUCUUUCACCUACAGUUGAAAUGGACCCAGCUUGACAUGAGUCAGAAAGCUCUGGAUCUGCUGAUAUUACUGCUGGGCUCUUUCUGUAGCAUCUCUGGGGUUGUCUGUUCUGUUAAAGGAAUGAUAAAAGCAUUUGGGGACAAAGAGACCAAUCUAUCUGUGUAACUAAUGAUUUAUCUUCAAUAAGUUUACAGUACAAGCUUAAUAGACAAAAGUCACAGAUGCUUAAGCAACAGCUCACGCUUGAUGUUAAGAAGAAAGUAUGUGUAAAAGAGUCCCUUCAUUACUUCUUGUGAAAUAUUUGUAAAUAUUUGUUCAUAUUCUCACGAGCACAACUCUUUCUGUCAUGUUUCUGUUAGUUGUGAUGGCCACAUUGAAACCUUAAUUCAUCUUGUGCCGACAUCUUGUGUUUAUGCAAGAUCUGAAAUAAUACCCAGUUUUCAACAAAAACACAUCUGGGUCUGAAAUACGUUAAGGGUGAAGACAUAAUUCAAAUUCUGGGUGAACUUGUCCUUUACAUUUAAAUGGAGUUAAUGAAUGAUUUUCUGCUUUCUUCCUGAAAUGAGUUUGUAAAGUGUUAUCUUGUGUCGAGUCAUAAUUCACCGUGUUCAUUGCUCAGCUGCUUACCAGGUUAAUGAUGCAUGAAAAUCUCAUGUUAUCCUGCUUUACAGUCUCUCACUGUGUCUAUAUCUGUCGUACAAUAAACAACUUUUGACAGUCAGUUAAUGAUGUAAAGAAAUGACAAAAAACAAAAAAACAAAUGAUAAACAUAUUGU